AUGGUGUCGGGAGAUGAGGGCAAUAUCUCGCGCAAGCGGCGAAAGAUUGGCACUCCGAAAGCUGCGCCGUAUAUCUUCCGGUCGCUCUUCGACCAGGUACCCGUCGCCGCCGACGAUGCGGAGGAGGAUGUCCAUAUUACAUGCGUGGAAUAUUGGAACGAUAACUUGUACAUUGGGACCUCCGCAGCGGAGAUCCUGCAUUUCGUCUCCCUUCCCCCCGACCCCUCCGACGAAUCGACCGAACCGACCUUCAUCCUAGCUUCAAGAUUGCCGAUCCCCUUCUCGCAGAAAGACGCGAAAUCCGGUGUCCAGCAGAUCCUUCUCCUGCCGACCGUAAACAAAGCGUGCGUCCUGUGCAAUGGAACAGCUACAUUCUACAUGCUCCCGGAGCUCAGUCCGGCCUUCGGCGGCAAUACCAAAGUCAACAAUUGUCGCUGGAUUGGCGGCCUGGAUCUCAAUCAGGCUGCCGAGGAGCCGGAAAAUCCUGUGGUGAUGAUUGCGACGCAGAAUCGUAUAAUGCUGGUGAAGAUUGGAGAUGGCGCGCGAUUGGUUAGGAACAUCGACUAUCCCGGGUCUCUUACGUUCUCACGGAGAGGCAUUAUAUCAUGCGUUGCGGAUAGCCGGACGUACUCUUUGCUUGACGUGGAACAUCAGCAGAAGAUACCGCUGUUUCCGAUAUCGUUCGCCGAUGAGAUGAUUGAUUCCGCCGGGGUCGAGGAUAUACCUACUGCCGCAAAGACUUCCCCUCUAAGCACUUCGCCCCCAUCUCAUAGUCGGUCUCAUGGACGGAGUUCCAGUCUGAACACACUUACAGGGAUGUUACAGCCACCGCGGUCGUCAUCCAACGAACGAUCAAGGUCUUUGACGCCGGAGCCCUCUGAAUCAGGAACGCCAAGAAGGUCAAUAUCUACGGAGCGCGGCGAAAGCACUUCUCCAAGAGUAUCAUCGGAUUCCGUACGGCAACCUGUGGAUGAAGAGAAUCGAAAACCUCUUCCGCCUCUGCCUAAGCAGACCUUCUCCCAGCUGAAGCCACACAUCCUUUCUCCAACAUCGUCUGAAUUUCUACUAGUACGAGGGUCUGAUGAAAAGGAACCUGGUGUUGGCAUGUUUGUCAAUGUGGACGGCGACGUCGUUCGUGGUACACUCACAUUCAACAGAUAUCCUAAAUCAAUUGUCAUCGACAAGGGUGACGAAACAAAUCUGAUUCAGUCACCGGAAAAUACAAAAGACGAGUUUGUCCUUGCGGUUAUAGAGUCCGAUGAAGAUGGGCAGACUCGAAAACUCUUGGAGGUCCAACCUUGGGAUGUCGACCCAGCGGAAGCAGACGAUCACAAAAGUUGGAUAGAGGUACCCUCGAUGCAAGACGAACAAACGGAGCACGUCGGCAUUUGCCACACUAUCAGUUCCACCCAACUUGAGGUUCAGGGUCUGGGAAAGCUGCUGCGAAUGGUCCGCCUGAAAACUCCGGCCCUGUCUUCAAAGGCCCCUACUGCAGACCCGAGGACCGAAGCGUCGAUAGAGCAGCUGCAAAAAGAAAAGGAACUCUUUGAGUCCCAAGAGCUGACCGACACCGAUGUACCCAAGAAGAGCACAGACUGGGAAGCUGAUCGAAAUGCGGAAGAAGCAAAGAUUGUGCGGCAGAUGGGAAAGACCCAAAGCAGCAUGGUUAUGUGGGCUGGGAAUCGGAUAUGGCGCAUUGUCCGGAACCCGUUGACCGCUCAGCUCGAUGAUGUUCUGCAAAGCGCUAGAGAGGCAGGCAAAAGCGGGCACACCCUUGACAGGGAAGCUAUUUGGGGUAUCAUCGAGAUAGCCCAGCAAACGGAACCAAAGUCAGAGUCGGAAUUUCUGGGUCUCAACUACUUGAAACAGAAGGCCAGUCUCCUCCUCUUCGGAGACCUUCUUUUCGUGGAUCCCAAAGCCAGAACCAGUGCUAUCAUUGAUACGACUGAGAGGGCGCUCAUUCUUGGAGAAAUUGAUCCUCGGAUAGUCAUGAUCUUGAUUCCUCUCUUACGCGGUGAGACACUGCAGAGUACGCAGGGGAUUUGGAUCUAUGCGGGCCUAGCUGAGACGGCUGAGGAUUACCUUCAACAAGUUGAAAAGGCGGGCAAGUCGCUAGUGGGAUUCUUCGACGAUGGGGUUUUGAAUAUGAUCAAGCGGUUUUUGCGCUCAUGGCAGCAGAAGCGCGGCUAUGCCAGCAUCUCAGACGAAGCAUACGUGUUGGACAGCGUCGAUGCUGCUCUUCUGCGCCUUCUCCUGGAAUCAGUGUCAGAGUUGACCAAAGAGGAGCUCGUCUCAUCGCCAGCUCGUGUUGAGCUAAACAAACUGGUGGACCACUGGAAGGGCAACUUUGAACGCGCGGUCUCCCUUCUUGAGGGAGCUCACCGGCUGUACGUGCUGAGCCGCCUGUAUCAGAGCCGGAAAAUGUCUGGACAUGUCCUCAAAACCUGGCGAAGGAUCAUUGAAGGCGAGCAGGAUAUUAGCGAAAUAACUCCCGCGGACAUUGAGGGACAGGUGCGGCGGUAUCUGGCCCGAAUUAAAGAUGUGCAGCUUGUUGAAGAGUACGGGUCGUGGCUGGCUCAGCGGAAUCCUCAGCUUGGUAUCCAGGUGUUUGCAGACACCACGAGCAGAGUUCUGCUAGAUCCGCCAGAUGUCGUGAAAUUGCUCAAAGAACGCUCGCCAAAUGCCGUGCAGGAGUAUUUAGAGCACCUUGUGUUCUCGAAAAACGUAGGUUUCUGCGCCUGUUCCUAUGUCAACAUAUGCUAA